AUGACCGAUCGUAUGAGACGACGUCGAUCUCGUGAUGUUCGUCUGAAUGGCUCGAACUCAUCAUCUCCAAGAGAUGAAGCUGGCUUAUCACCUUCAACACGAUUACGAAUAGCUGCAGAUGUACAUCGUCAUUCAACAUCUGAUGACGAUUCUGGAUGCAUCUUAGAAGAGUAUGCAUGGUGGCCAAGCGGUCUCAAACCAGACAUGGUCCAUCUGUAUUUCUCUUGCCUGCCUGAGGAUAAAGUACCAUAUGUCGGAAGUGUAGGAGAAAAAUGGAGAGCUCGACAGCUGAGACAUCAAAUGCCCGCACAAGAUUCAGAUGGUCGUUAUUGUGCCGAAUUGACAAAAGAAGAACAGGAAGAACUAAGAGUGUUUGAUCGUGCUCGAAAAAGCGAAUGCAUUGGCGUGGGACGCGUCUAUAAACUGCCAUAUGAUGGUAUGGUUCGCACCUGUCAGGGGUGUUUCCGUGAUGCGCAGGAGGGUGAAGUGAUAGUUGAAUCAACACGUACUUCUCAAAUCUUCCACCCUCAAUGCUUCCACUGCAAUGAGUGCCGGAUUUUGCUUGUGGAUUUAGUUUACUUUGCACAUGAUGGAAAGAUAUUCUGUGGACGUCAUCAUGCUGAACAGAUAAAACCACGAUGUGCUCGCUGUGAUGAGCUCAUAUUCGGAGAAGAAUGUACCGAAGCCGAAGGAAGAACCUGGCAUCUUCAUCACUUCCAAUGCGCAGACUGUGCUUGUAUUCUAGGUGGAAAGAAAUAUAUGCAAAGGAAUGGUAAACCCGUGUGCUUGAAUUGUUUCCAUUCAGCUGAAUCCCCUCUGCAGUGUACUAGCUGUAGAGGUAAAAUUCGAACCAAUCAUCCACAUAUCUCUCAGAAUGAUCUUCAUUGGCAUGCAGAUGUUCGUUGCUUUAGCUGCUGCGUCUGCUCCAAAAAUUUACUUGGAUUAAAAUAUUCUUUAUUAGAUAACCGGUUAUACUGUGGCUUUAAUGGUUGUGAAUCUGAUUCUGGAUUUGAUGACCGCCUGAUGGUACCAUCGCCUGAACGGAGAAACACCAGACCUCCGCGUGUGCCACGAGCAUUACCGUCUCCAGUAUUAGCACCCCGACCUCCACAACGAGCCCCACCACCACCUCCGACCGAAAAUAUUUAUGAAACAGUCUUGCCUUGCACAUCAAGCAGUCCCGAAUUUGAAAAGAAGUUUGGUUCAGAAUGCGAAAGAAUAGGAAACUAUUAUAGUCAUACACCUAAUCGCUUAAUGCCGCAUGAGGACGACUUAAGUACAUCUUCUGAAUCAGAAGACGAUGAUCUAUAUGUUGCAAACCUGAUGGCUGCAGCCUCGUUAAAUAGGAUGCCUAAUAGGAAAACAACGCAAUUCUCAACUGUGCGAGUCGCAAAAAAGAAAAAGAGUAAUAGAUGCAUUGUAUCGUAA